AAUCGGCGUUUUCUUAUUGAACUUUAAUUUGAAUUUUAUUUACACACAUAUCGAUGUUAAUGUACUCCCAGUGGAGCAACGUCCAAGCAAAACUUCUUACUUCGAAAUUGGAAUACGUCACAUUAUGAUAAUCGACAACAGAUGCUCUGCAGCUUCUAAUUAAAGAAGCCCAUUGUUAGUCGUAUCUGUGCUACAGGACAGAUAAUUCUUCUUCGAACAUAGUAUCGCAGUAGACACGAAUUUAGGUUCUCGAUUUGUUUCGCGUUCAGUGCAAAAUGAUUUUGCUACGUAAUAAAAAUAUCCAAGCGUUAAUAUUCGUCAUGAGUAUCCAGUCAGUGAAUUCUACCGAGCUUUUCUCAAUGUACAAUGCCUCGUCCAGAGCUGUUUCGAAGUGUCCCUUACCAAUAACGGUUCUGGACUUUAUUCACAAUUCUAGUCAGCCCGAUUUAGAAGCCAAAUGGCCCUGCGAAGUGCGCUCGUACUGGCUGUCGUUGCAGCCGUUUGUCAGAUCCGUCCGUUUCUUACUCCGCUAUGUAACCCCAUUUAUUAUAACAAUCGGUGUAUUGCUAAAUGCUGUAUCUUUUAGUCUGUUGAGCGCACCUGUGCUAUGUGACUCCAAUUUGUCACUUUAUCUAAGCGCGCUCGCUAUAUCGGACAAUGGAGCGUUAAUAUUCAAUUACGCCGUCAGCGUCGCAAAAUCACACUCCACGUCCGUUAACGAUCUUUUUAUGAACAGCAAGUUCUUAUGCGGCGCGAAUUCCGUGAGCAUGGAACUUUUUCAAUUUACAUCGACGUGGCUGAUCGUCGCCCUCACGUGGACGCGUGUCAUCGCCGUGAUGUUUCCGUUCGGGGCUCGCGACUAUCAGAAUCGCUCCGCGAUUACAACUAUCACCAGUCUAGUCUGCAUAAGCUUCAUAAUAUCUUUAACGAAGCUAUACUCCGGUGGAUACGAGACUGACAGCGUUUUUGAAUUUAUACCGUGCCAGGAGAAGAUAAAAUGGGGUAGCGCAAUGUACUUUUACAUCGCUCUGUCCACAUGGCUACCCUUGCUUUUUAUAUCGAUCGGCAAUCUACUGCUGAUCGUUCGCAUGAAAAAGUCUUACAGAAUUCACAACGAAUUAACUCGUAAGUCACGCUGCCGAUCAUUGACGCGCGAUAUCUCUGCACGAGGAGAUUCAACGACGAUUCUCGUCUCAGAUAAUUUUAGGUACAGAAGCAACAGAACACACAACUCCAGCAGGACGUUGCUCGCGGUAUCGAUAGUACACUUGAUCUUGCUGCUGCCGCUAGGAAUUGUCGAAACGUUGGAACUUUAUUGGGAUGUGAUUUUAAUCAAGCAUCCCACUAGUGUAGAGGAAAACGAGAGAUAUAUACACUGGUUGCAAGAGAAAAUGUUGCUCAAGUGGUGUCGCGGCUUGUUUUUUCACGUCUAUCAUUGGACUUUUGCCAUAAACUUUUUUUUAUAUUACCUCACAGGAAAGAAAUUUAGAAAUGUCGUAACGCAAAAACUGAAAAAUUAUACAGAUACAUAUUUGUCAUGUCACGGAAAUGUCCUAAGGUGCAACACAUGGAGUAAUUGUCAUAAACAUUUACGAUCUUGCAGCGCAUUGUUGACGAGGGCUGUUAUGCGGAGCAAACAAAGUAAUGCCGACGAAAGAAGAAACAGCAACGUUACCUAAUUGUAUGAGGAAGAUACAUCAGGAAGGAAACUGUUUUCAAUAUAGGAGCAUUACAUUAUAGCUCACGUAUAGUAUAUAAUCAUCUUUUACAAACAAGAUACAUGCAUAACUUAAAGCGAUAAACAAUUAUCUCUUCCGAUUAUUUUAUACGCAUAUUGCAUUUUUAAUUUCCCAGGAAAUAGAAAUUUGAUUGGGGAACAUUUAUUUAUUCUUUUCCUGUUUAUUUUAUAUACACAUGAAAUGUUUACACAUAUUAAAUAUUGCAAAAUAUCACAUUGCAUAUUAGGCGUCUUUUGCAUAACAGCGGAGUUCUUAAACGAAUUAAACAGCGAUAUAAUUACAUGUAACGAUGAUUUGUUAUUACAUUCUGACUCUAACUUUUAA